AUGGGUUGGUACACACCACAAUCGGUCGCCCCGGAUCUCUCCGACAUCCUGGUGUGUGGCUGGACGGCGUGCGCAGAAGGUGAACACCUGCUCGUGCCCGAUGCUUGCAUGGACGUGCUGUGGAUACGUGGCGUCGGCAUACGCGUCUGUGGCCCCGAAACCGCUGCAUGGUCAUUCACUCUUCCGCCCGGAACACGCUCCGUGGGUGUUCGAUUCCGCCCUGGAUCGGCAUCGCCGAUGUUGCGAACCUCGGCGUCCGAGCUUCGAGAUUCUCGCGCUGACCUCAGCGCUGUAACCGACGCACGCACGGAACGAAUACUGUUGAACCGCUUAGAAAAUUCCGAAGACCACGAACAAGUCUCGAUCCUCAGAAAGCGCUGUCCGGAGUUGGGCAACGUCGAUGCAACGACGCCUUCGGAUACUGGCCCUGCAACGCUGCGCUCGAUCCUGCGCCUCCAGCGCUUCAUGGCGCUCGCUCGCAGUCGACCCGCGCUGGGCCUCGCUGAAUCCGCAGCCCACCGCGGAUUCAGCGAUCAGGCCCACUUGACGCGUGAAUGCCGCCGAAUCUCUUCGCUGACCCCGGCAGCUCUGCUGCGAUCCCAAGCCCCUGACUGGCACGGGUCGGAUACCGUUGUCGCGCUGGCAGAGGGAGACGCGGUCGCA